GAGGGGGAGAGUUUCAGGGCCUCUGAUUCAGUGUUACUGCUUCUUCCUCCUGUCUUCAUGGCCUUCUAACCGUUCUUCCUGCCUUCAUCAUCACAGAACUGUCAGCGGACUCUGCCUGAAACACUGCUUAGCAGACGUCCUUGACCUACCUCUGACUGCCUACAAAAACAAUCCUGACCUGGUGACUCGAUGUUCAGGGGCCCAUACGCUCAUCAAUCCAUCCUUGUCCCAGACACACUUUGCAGAGUUCCCUCCGCAGGAAACAUCUUUCCUUCAUCUCUAAUUAUUGACUUGGGACCGCAUUCGUCACGUUUUAGUUUCAGGGUUACCUCAGUAAAGCCUUCUCUGUUCCAGUGCUCUUUUCCCAUGGGCCAUUUUCUACCUGUCCCACGUUCUCACACGACUUCCUACAGCUGAGUUACUCGGGGCGGUUUUCAUAUUCUAUUCUCCCUGGCACUGGGUCUCCGGCAGCCUUGUAUUGCUUACAGCAUCUGGCAUGGUGUCUUGUACACAGGAGGCACUCAAAAGAUACUUCCUGAACGAAUCAGGAGUAGACACUCAGUUCUGUGCUGCAGUGAAGUGUGAGGUUAGAUGCAUCCAGGAACUCUGGUGAGGCCUUUGCGGAACCGGUGGCCCUUAGCUGGACCUCACUGGUGACUGUUUGGAUCUAGGCAAGUGUAGGGGGACACAGGGCCUCCUGGACAGAGGAGUGGCCUGAGCAAAGAUGGAGAGGUAGAAAUGAGCACCUGUGGUGAGGGACUAUUUGAUUAUGCAUUUUUCUCCUGUAUACAUUUACUCUGCAAGGAAAGAGAGUGACAGCUCUUUUUUUGAGUUUUCAGGGAAGCAGUUGUUAUCGGUGUGGAGAUGAAGAGAUAACUUCUGGAAGAGGGGCAGGUUUGAGGCUUGCUCGUAGCAGAAAUAGAAUUCCCUGGGGCUGGAGGCUGUGCAUCCCCAGCUCCUCUAGCAACCUGCAGCCUUGGACAAAAGAUGCAAGCAUGUUAUAUAAUAACGGGAGCCCAGCAUUGACCUGCUGGAGGCCUUCGUGGAGCACUGGAAGGGCAUCACGCACUACUACAUUGAAAGUACAGAUGAAAACACCCCCGCCAAGAAAACGGAUAUUCCCUGGCGGCUGAAGCAGAUGCUGGACAUCCUGGUAUAUGAGGAGAGGCAGCAGACGGCAGCUGGUGAGGCCGGGCCCUGUCUGGAAUACUUGCUGCAACACAAAAUCCUGGAGACGCUGUGCACACUGGGCAAGGCCGAGUACCCCCCAGGGAUGCGACAACAGGUAUUCCAGUUCUUCAGCAAGGUUCUGGCCCAGGUGCAGCACCCCCUCCUGCAUUACCUCAACGUCCACAGGCCUGUGCAGAAGCUUCUCCGACUUGGUGGGACAGUUCCUGGAUCCCAAACAGAAAAGGAGGAGGUACAGUUCACCACCGUCCUCUGUUCCAAGAUCCAACAGGACCCAGCCCUGCUCACCUACAUCCUGGAAGGUAAAAAGAUUGUCAGUAGGAAGAAGUCAUCCAAAGAACCCACCACCCUGCCUAGAGAGGCAGCCAGCAUCCAAGGCAAGGACCACCCCCGCAGCAAGGCUCCUGACACGAGUCCCUGCGGGGCCCGGGCCUUGAGCACGCAGCUGCCUGCCGAGAGGGAGGAGGAGCCGGAUGGAGCGGCUGGGGAAAGCAACCUCAUCACCUCCCUGAUCGGGUUGUGCAAGAGCAAGAAAGGUCGGGUGGCUCUGAAGGCCCAGGAGAACCUGCUGCUCCUGGUAAGUGUGGCUUCGCCUGCAGCCGCCACCUACCUGGUACAGAGCAGUCCUUGUUGCCCUGCUGUGGUCGAGCACCUCUGCCACCUGUACCAGUCCGUGCCCCCCUUCCUGGACCCGGCCGACAUUGCUGCACUAGAGGGCGUCAGCUGGAGGUUGCCCAGUGCCCCAUCUGAUGAGGCUUCCUUCCCUGGCAAGGACGCCUUGGCUGCCUUUUUGGGCUGGUUUGAUUACUGUGACCACCUCAUCACAGAGGCACACAUGGUGGUUGCAGACGCCUUGGCAAAGGCUGUGGCUGAGAAGUUAUUCAUGGAGAUUCUGCAGCCCCACCUCCUGCAUGUUUCUGAGCAGAGCGUCCUGACCUCCACCGCCUUGCUCACGGCCAUGCUGCGUCAGCUCCGUUCUCCUGCCCUGCUGCGAGAGGCUGUGGCUUUCCUCCUGGGCACAGACCCACAGGCUGCAGCCCCCGACGAUGGCCCCCGCACUCUGUGCGCUCACCUCAUCGGGCACUGCGACCACCUCUCUGACGAGAUCAGCAUCACCACCCUGCGGCUAUUCGAGGAGCUGCUCCAGAAGCCGCACGAGCAGGUCAUCCGCAGCCUGGUCCUGUGCAACCUGGAGGGCCGCCAUUAUGUGGCCCGGGGCUCACCCGAGCCCGAGAGCUAUGAGGACACCCUAGAUCUGGAGGAAGACCCUUACUUCACAGACGGCUUCCUCAACUCCAGCUUUCACCCCUCAGCAAAGCCUCCCCCAGCCCCUGCCACCAACUCAGAUGGCAAAACAGCAGUGACCGAGAUUGUCAACAGUUUCCUCUGCCUGGUUCCUGAGGAAGCCAAGACCUCGGCUUUCCUAGAGGAGACCGGAUAUGACACGUACGUCCACGAUGCUUAUGGACUGUUCCAGGAGUGCAGCUCCCGAGUUGCCCCUUGGGGCUGGCCCCUGGGCCCCACACCCCUGGACCCCCAUGAGCCUGAACGGCCUUUCUUUGAGGGUCACUUCCUCCGAAUGCUGUUUGACCGCAUGUCCCGGAUUUUGGAACAGCCGUACAGCCUGAACCUGCAGGUGACCUCAGUGCUGUCCCGGCUGGCCCUCUUCCCCCACCCCCUUAUCCACGAGUACCUGCUGGAUCCCUACAUCAACCUGGCCCCUGGCUGCAGGAGUCUGUUCUCUGUGCUCGUCAGGGUGAUCGGGGACUUGAUGCAGAGAAUUCAGAGGGUACCCCAGUUCCCGGGCAAAUUGCUCCUGGUGCGCAAGCAGCUGAUGGGUCAGGUCCCUGGGGAGCAGCUGGACCACCAGACUCUCCUCCAGGGCGUGGUGGUUCUUGAGGAAUUCUGCAAGGAGCUGGCUGCCAUCGCUUUCGUCAAGUUCCCCCCACAUAGUCCUCACCUGCACCUCUCCUCUCCCCGAGAAGGGCACGUCUGAGCCAGGAACAGGACAGGAGGGGAGACUUCUGUCCAUACCUCUGCCCAAGAGCUGCCUCGCACCUGGCACUGCCGCCACCUCCUGCCUCCCAGGUUGGGGGCUUGGUUCCAUCUCUACCUCCCAGGCACCUCUGCCUCUGAGGGGGCCUGGGCUUCCACUCCCAGGUUAACUCAAGAAGAUCGUGGCCUGUCAGUCACACGAGACUGGGUUCAGGGAGUGGGUCUCCAAGGUACCAGAAGCCAAGGAGCAAAAGAGAUGGCCUCCCAGACAGCAUGGUGUCCUCGGGGCCUUCUCGGGGGAGCUGGGUAAUUGCCAGGAGAGCACCCAGACCCAGACCCUCACAUGUCCUGUGCCCAUUACCCGAGUCGACAGGCCAUUCGUGGCCGGGGCCAAGACCUGUGGCUCAGUUCCAGGGGCACAGAGGGGAGUGAGUGAUCGUUCUGAGGCUGGUCAGGACCGCAGGCCAGAGACACAGGGGCGCAGGAGCCCCGUCUCUGUCACGCUAGGUACCACAGACACUGCUAAGACUUGACAUUUUCUCUCCUGCCUUCUUGGCUUAACCCAUGGCAAAGGGGCAGUGGAUAGCCGGGGAAGCCCACUCUUCUGCCCAGCCCUCCUGGAGACUGUUGCAAAAUUCCCAACCGCCUCAUGGCAAAUAUCCAAAGCAUGCUCCGCGCCCAGGCGGGGGCAGCUGCUAAUGAGAGCCUUGGUUUAACUGCAGCCAGGGCGGGAGAGGCCUUGGGAAGUUGGGGGCUGGGUGCCAGGCUCCGGCUCCAGCUGCUUUCUCUCUGGCGCCUCUGAACCCGUCCCGGCAGGUCCUCAACACCUGGGCAGAGGGGCUCAGAGACUGGGGGGAGGCCGAGCCUGGCCCUCAGCUUUCCACCCAGCCUGCAGUGCUCUCGAUGGCAUACUCUUCCGGGGGAGCCAGGGAGCUCAGGACAGACGAGGCCAGGAUGCCCACCUGACCCCAAGCCCCCAGGGCCCGGCAGGGAGGCGCUGGGGCCCGGGCAGCCGGUUGUAGUGUUGUUCUCCCUGCAUGCCCUUCACGGCUGGGGCUGCCACCCCACCCGGCCUGAAUCUGUCUCAACCUGCAGGAACACACAGGUGGCGCCAGGCAUUACCUCACAGCAGGACUGCAGUUGCUGGCUUCGCUCCUGGGCAAGGAGGAGCAGGCCAGAGCCCCUUUCGCUUCCUUUUCCUGCCUAUGCCGCUUCUAGAAGCCGGCCGCAGGUUGCCAGGAGGUGACAUGGAAGAGGAGAAACUCAGUGACCUCUCCCUCUCCUGCGUUCCUCCAAGCUGGGGAGGAUGUAACCGCCGCUCUGAAGGACACCGUGCAUGUGCAUGCAUGCGUGUGUGCGCACGUGGGUGCUGGCGCGGGACCGGAGAGCAGAGCUCGCAGGGCAAAUUGAACUCUUCGAGUCAGAAAAACGUUUGAGCGUCUGGGAGUCACAGAGACUCCCCUCCUCCAUCCCCUUCAGCAUUCACACUGCGUCCCCCCGAGACAACACAGCAAUAAAUGGUUUGGUUGCGUGGACACAGCG